AUAAAAGCGACUCCCCCAGAUUUGGGGCAGAAUUUUGGAAUUUUUUUAAUUUUUUUUUUUGCUGUUCGGGACCCUUUGCACCCCCGCAAUCGCCCCCUGACUAAACUUGUCCCCUCCGCCUCUCCGUACCUACCCACAAUCCCCUCUGCGCACCCCGGAAGCGCCUGCGCAGGGGGAACGGAUUCGCUGCCGCACCCACCGGAAGCGGCGCCGCGCACCGGAAGUGGGGGCGGCCUCGGGCGCCGCACCGGGGGCGGCGGCGAGAGCGGCCCGGCCCUUCCCAGUUCCGCCCCCGCCCCAUCCCAGCAGCGGGGCCGACCCCUCCCAGCAGCGGGGACCCCCCCGCGGCCAUGGCCGAGACCGCGGAGAGCGGCGGCGGCUGCGGCACCGCCACCGUCACCGAGAGCGGAACGGCGGAACCGGAGAACCGCAGCCUGACGCUGAAGCUGAGGAAGAGGAAGCCGGACAAGAAGGUCGAGUGGUCGAGCGACACCGUGGACAACGAGCACCUGGGCCGGCGCUCCUCCAAGUGCUGCUGCAUCUACGAGCGGCCGCGCGCCUUCGCCGAGAGCUCCUCGGAGAGCGAGGACGAGGAGGGGGAGGGGCGGGGGGGAGGGGCCGGGGGCGGGGCCGGGCGGGGUGGGGGAGGGCAGCUGCGCGCAUGCGCGCUGCAUCCGCGGCCACAAGCGGGGCCGGGGGCGCCGGGGGGAGGGGCAGGGCGAGGGGGAGGGGCCGCCCCUCCCCCACCCCGGGCACGCCGCCCCUCCCCCCCCCCGCGGCCAUGGAGCACUGAGCGACCCCUCCCCCACCCCGGGGGGGGGGAAAUUUGGGGCUGGAAACGGCGGGAGUGGAGUCCCAAAAUUCGGGAGUUCAGGGGUUAAAAUUCCAGGGUUUUAGUCCCAAAAUUCGGGAGUUCAAGGGUUAAAAUUCUGGGGUUUUAGUCCCAAAAUUCAGGAGUUUAAGGGUUAAAAUUCUGGGGGUUUUAGUCCCAAAAUUCGGGAGUUCAGGGGUUAAAAUUCUGGGGUUUUAGUCCCAAAAUUCGGGAGUUUAAGGGUUAAAAUUCUGGGGUUUUAGUCCCAAAAUUCAGGAGUUUAAGGGUUAAAAUUCUGGGGGUUUUAGUCCCAAAAUUCGGGAGUUCAGGGGUUAAAAUUCUGGGGUUUUAGUCCCAAAAUUCGGGAGCUCAGGGGUUAAAAUUCUGGGGUUUUAGUCCCAAAAUUCAGGAGUUUAAGGGUUAAAAUUCUGGGGGUUUUAGUCCCAAAAUUCGGGAGUUCAGGGGUUAAAAUUCUGGGGGUUUUAAUCCCAAAAUUCGGGAGUUUAAGGGUUAAAAUUCUGGGGGUUUUAGUCCCAAAAUUCGGGAGUUUAAGGGUUAAAAUUCUGGGGGUUUUAAUCCCAAAAUUCGGGAGUUUAAGGGUUAAAAUUCUGGGGGUUUUAAUCCCAAAAUUCGGGAGUUUAAGGGUUAAAAUUCCAGGGUUUU